ACAGAUUCGAAUUCGGAUUGGGAAAAAAUGUAUAAAAGACGGCCGGACCUCAGCCGGAAUAUGUAGUGUCGACGCGACCACUCCAAAGGUCCUUCCAAAGGAUCCCCGGCAAGACCAAGAUGAAUCAAGCGAUCCUCUAUUCCAAAUACAAUGCUCUACAAAAAACGGACGUCAAUUUUGUUCUGGAGAAUUAUCUACGAUUGAUCAAUUGGCGUGAAAAUGAUGCCAUCCUGGAUGUUGGCUGUGGUAGUGGUGAUGUUACGACCAAACUCCUGCUGCCGCGGAUUCCAUGCGCGUUCAAAAAACUCGUCGGUGUGGACCUCAGUGAAGAAAUGGUUCGAUUUGCUGCGUCGCAGAAUACUCACCCGAAUGUGAGCUUCUGCCAGAUGAAUAUUGAACGCAAAGAUAUUCCGGAAACUCUCGAGGAGAGUUUUCAGCAUAUUUUUUCUUUCUAUGCUUUGCAUUGGAUCCAAGAGCAGAGGCAAGCGUUUGAUAAUUUGUACAAAAUGCUAAAACCCGGUGGAGAUAUGCUGUUGACCUUCCUGGCAUCAAACCCAAUUUUCCACAUUUAUGAAAAUCUCGCAUCGAAUACCAAGUGGAUGGAUUACAUGAAAAACGCGCAGAAGUUUAUCAAUCCCUAUCAGCAUUGUGAGCAACCCGAGCGGGUUUUAGAGCGUUUAAUGCAAGAAGUUGGGUUUUCCAUUCAUCUUUGUACCGUAAUUGAACGGAAAUACGUUUAUAGUGACUUGGAUGUUUUCAGAAAGUCUGUAAUCGCCGUGAAUCCAUUUUUGGGUAAUAUUCCUGAGAAUAUGCACAAUGACUAUCUGAUGGAUUUCAUCAGCGAGGUACGCAAUCUAAACUUUCUAGAAUGUAACGAUAACAACAACGAAGAGCGCGUCCGUGUGCCGUACAAACUACUCGUCGUUGUGGCAUCAAAACAAUCCAGAUAGAAACUGAUAGCAGCGGUGAGACGUGUUCUUGAAUGUGCCAUAUCGAUGAUAACACAUAGUAAUAUAUACAAAUAGUAUAAACAUGAACAAAAAUAUUUAGAUUUAAGAUGGAAAUUGGAAUGAAUAAAAAUA